ACAGCUCACCUCGUGGGACAGGUGGGGCGGGGCCAGAGGGUGGGCGGGGCCUCAGUGGGCGGGGCAUCCGCGCCCUUGCGCAACACGCCAGAGACCCUCGUCUGAAGAGAGGCAAGCCCCUUGCAGUGCCCUCUGGGAGUGCAUGCUGGGAUGCGGCCUCGACCAAUGAGAUGCUGGGUACGUCACAAGGGCGCCCCUUCCGGGGGGCCUGGCGUCGCGGGGCACUCGGGCCCGUGCCCCGGGGGCAGCUGGCCACGCCCGUCGUCCAGCCGGUGGUCCGCAGGCCGUGCCGGGCCCUGCGACAUGGUGGACUACUACGAGGUGCUGGGCGUGCCCCGCCAGGCGUCGUCCAAGGCCAUCAAGGAGGCAUACCGCAAGUUGGCGCUCAGGUGGCACCCCGACAAAAACCCUGAGAACAAGGAGGAGGCGGAGAGGCGAUUCAAGCAAGUGGCCCAGGCCUACGAGGUGUUGUCAGACGCCAAGAAGAGGGACGUCUACGACCCGUAUGGCGAGGCGGGAGUGGAGGACGGCGGCGGCGGUGGGCCCUGCCGCGAACCCUUCGAGUACGUCUUCACCUUCCGAGACCCGGCCGAGGUCUUCAGGGAGUCUUUCGGGGACCGCGACCCAUUUUCAUCCGACUUCUUCGGAGACCCACUAGAGAGCAUCGUGGGCGGUCGGAGAAGCUCCCGGGGAAGCAGGAGCAGAGGAACCGCUUCCUUCUUCGCCUUCAGCGAAUUUCCAGCAUUUGGGGGUGGUUUUUCUUCUUUUGAUACGGACUUUAGUUCCUUUGGUUCCCUGGGGAGCGGAGGCCUUUCCUCCUUCUCCAUGUCUUGUGGUAGUGGUGGGACAUGCAACUUCAAAUCCAUGUCGACUUCCACCGAAAUGGUUAAUGGCAAAAAAAUCACCACCAAGAGAAUCAUCGAGAAUGGCCAAGAAAGAGGGGUGGAAGAAGACGGAGACUUAAAGUCCCUGGUAAUAAAUGGCAAAGAGCAGUUGCUGUGCUCUGACACCAAGUAAUUCCAGUCCACGUUGAAUUCAGAGCACGUUGUGAGGAAUAGCAGGACUUUUUUUUUUUUUUUUGAAGAUUGCAGGGAACUCUACUUUCAGAACAGCUGUACUCAAGAAUUUAUAAACAGUUCGUGCCAAUACCUAUUUGUUGCUAUUGUUGGGACCACACGGAUAGGACCUCUUUUUCUUUCAGCACUGUUGUAAAUAUCUGUAUGCACUUUGCUGUUUAUUAAACAUAAUCCCGAGGCAGACAGUGAUUAUUUCCUAGUACUAGGACAAAAUGUUACAG